AUGCUCCACUUCAAAGAUAUCCUGAAAGAGGGGUAUGACAAAUACAAGCAUCGAGAGUUUCUGGUGUGGGGAAUCGAUGGAUUUAUUACGAUCCUAUCACCGGAUUAUCUCGAGGAACUGAACGUGCUGGGUAAGGAUGUUUUGAAUUUCCACGCCGCGAGUCAGAGGUGGUUUGGUAUUGCGGAUGAGUUGGGAGCACACACGGUCUUGGUUGAUGAUACGAGGCAGAUUGGUGCUAUGCUUCCGGGCAUCCACAAUGACAUCGACCAUGCGCUAGCCACUGAGUUGCCUGCUUGUGAAGAAUGGACACGCUUACUUGUUUGGCCCAAAAUGUUCCGUGUCAUAUGCCUUGUAAUCUCGCGCAUGAUUGGCGGCUCGCUUGUCAGUCGAGAUGAAGCUUGGAUCCAUGUGAUGACUGGAUUUGUCGAAGACCUCGUUGUUGGCUCGUGGGAGCUCAGGAGCUACUCCUUGCUGUUACGUCCAAUCGUAGCCCGCAGGUUGGUUCCUGGAAUCCAUCGGAUAAUCUUACCAAUUAUAAAGAAACGCCGACAAGCAGAGGCACAGGCUCGUGCUACAGGAGAUAAGUAUGAGAAGCCGAAUGCAACCCCGAGACCGGAUAAUAAUGUGUCCGACUUGUGUUUGGUGAUCACUUUUGGGGCGCUGCAUACUGCAACAGCGACGUUGACGAACGUCAUAUUCGACCUUGCAGCGCGGUCAGAGCAUGUGGAGCCGUUAAGAGAAGAGUACCUAGCUGCAAAUGAGAAAUAUAAGCAAGGUUGGAAUGAGAAGCAGGCGUUACUUAAGCCAAUCUUUCCAGCAUCUUAUACUCCCGUCGUACUCAACCCUGUCACUCUCUCAACAGGCCUCCACUUCCCCAAAGACACGCACAUCCUUAUACCUGCAGCGAUAAUCUCGCUCAAUGCGACAAACUAUACGUCACCAUACGAGUUUCGCGGGUUCCGCUUCCACGAGCAGCGAACCGGUGCGGCUAUCAAGUGCAUUGUUGAACAUCUCAGGGGAGAAUUUGAGAUGAAGAUAGUUGAGCCUGAGAAAGGAAGCCCGGAGAAUACUAUAAAAGGGGCUAUACGUCUGACGUGUGAAAGCUUAGAGGCCGUGUCUCUGAGGAGAAAGAAGUAG